CCGGAAGUGCCCUUGUGGGCCGUGAUGAACUAGACGAUAAGUCCCUGACACGGUGUCCCCGGCCUUGAGGGCAGCGGCCUUCUUGCUUGGGAACUCCCUCAGCCGCCGCGUUCCCGAGCCGCCCUUGCCGCCCGGGACGAUGAUGCCGCGCCUGCUGCUGCGCGCCUGGCCCCGGGGCCCCGCGCAUGUUUUGGGAGCCUCUAGUCGGCCCAUGAGUGCCAGCUCGGGGCCCGACGAGUACCUACAGCACAGCAUCGUGCCCACCAUGCACUACCAGGAUAGCCUGCCCAGGCUGCCCAUCCCCAAACUUGAAGACACCAUGAGGCGAUACCUCAGUGCACAGAAGCCUCUCCUGGAUGACAGCCAGUUCAGGAAAACAGAGGAAUUUUGUAAGAGUUUUGAAAAUGGCAUCGGGAAGGAACUGCAUGAGCACCUGCUUGCUCAGGAUAAGCAGAAUAAGCACACCAGCUACAUCUCAGGUCCCUGGUUUGAUAUGUAUUUAACUGCUCGAGACUCUGUUGUUUUAAACUUUAAUCCAUUCAUGGCAUUCAAUCCGGACCCGAAGUCUGAGUAUAACGACCAGCUCAUCCGGGCGACCAACAUGACUGUUUCUGCUGUCCGGUUUCUGAAGACACUUCGGGCUGGCCUUCUUGAGCCAGAAGUAUUCCACUUGAACCCCGCCAAAAGUGACACAGACACCUUCAAGAGACUCAUACGCUUUGUUCCUUCCUCCCUGUCCUGGUAUGGAGCCUACCUGGUCAAUGCGUACCCCCUGGAUAUGUCCCAGUAUUUUCGGCUUUUCAACUCGACUCGUUUACCCAAACCCAGUCGUGAUGAACUCUUUACUGAUACCAAGGCCAGACACCUCCUGGUCUUAAGAAAAGGAAAUUUCUAUGUCUUUGAUGUCCUCGAUCGAGAUGGGAACAUUGUGAGCCCUUCAGAAAUCCAGGCCCAUCUGAAGUACAUUCUCUCGGACAGCAGCCCUGUGCCCGAGUUCCCCCUGGCAUAUCUGACCAGUGAGAACCGGGAUGUCUGGGCAGAGCUCAGACAGAAGCUGGUGCAUGGUGGCAACGAGGAGACCCUGAGGAAAGUGGACUCUGCUGUCUUCUGCCUCUGCCUCGAUGACUUCCCGAUGAAGGACAUUGUCCACUUGUCCCACUCCAUGCUGCAUGGUGACGGCACGAACCGCUGGUUCGAUAAGUCCUUCAACCUCAUCGUAGCCAAGGACGGCACUGCAGCAGUCCACUUUGAGCAUGCGUGGGGGGAUGGUGUCGCGGUGCUGAGGUUUUUCAACGAAGUGUUCAAAGACAGCACCCAGACCCCUGCCAUCACUCCCCAGAGCCAGCCAGCCGCCACUGACUCCUCUGUGUCUGUGCAGAAACUCAGCUUUAAGCUGAGCGAUGCUUUAAAGGCUGGGAUCACCACUGCUAAGGAAAAGUUUGAUGCCACCAUGAAAACCCUCACCAUUGACUCCAUUCAGUUUCAUAGAGGUGGCAAGGAAUUCUUGAAGAAACAGAAGCUGAGCCCUGAUGCAGUGGCCCAGCUGGCCUUCCAGAUGGCGUUCCUGCGACAGUACGGCCAGACAGUGGCUACCUACGAGUCCUGCAGCACCGCGGCCUUCAAGCACGGCCGGACUGAGACCAUCCGCCCAGCCUCCGUCUUCACUAAGAGGUGUUCCGAGGCUUUUGUCAGGGAGCCCUCCAAGCACAGUGUGGGCGAGCUUCAGCACAUGAUGGCUGAGUGCUCCAAAUACCAUGGCCAGCUGACCAAAGAAGCAGCGAUGGGCCAAGGCUUUGACCGACACAUGUUUGCUCUACGGUAUCUGGCACUAGCCAGAGGGGUCACCCUACCUGAGCUCUACCUGGAUCCUGCAUACAGGCAGAUAAACCACAACAUCCUGUCCACGAGCACUCUAAGCAGCCCAGCAGUGAGCCUUGGUGGCUUUGCCCCCGUGGUCCCUGAUGGCUUUGGCAUUGCAUACAUAGUUCAUGACGACUGGAUAGGCUGCAAUGUCUCCUCCUACACAGGACGCAAUGCCCGGGAGUUCCUCCACUGUGUCCAGAAGUGCCUAGAAGACAUGUUCGACACCUUAGAAGGCAAAGCCAUCAAAACUUAGCUUCUCGUGGGUGAAAAGCCUCCAUUCUUCCUCACCAUGAACAUGGGUGUCCAUGUAGCCGGUAGGUACUAUUUUGUGCCUAACAAAACUAGUCCUGAGGUGUUGGAAUAGUCGGUGCUAUAGGCGUGAGCUGGAAGAUUCCAGCUGAAGACAAUGAGAGAUUCUGCUUAAAGCCCUUUGUUCGCGAGAUGGGGUAUGGAAAACUAACUCGUGUAUUUAUCGUUUAAACAGAAAUAAAGCUCAGUUGUUGCUUGGA